UAAACUUCUCCCAGUGGAGCUCAUGACUUCUGAUCAGGACGCUAAAGUUGUGGCUGAACCGCAGGCGCAGCGCGUCCAGGAAAGCAAGGACAGCUCUCAUCUGAUGAAUGGUCCUAUAUCUCAAACCACUUCUCAGACAACUUCCAUCCCAGCUUUGAGUCAGGUACCAACAACUAAGGUUUCAGCGCUAAAUCCUAAUGCAAAAGUAUGGGGGACUCACAUGUUACGUUUAGAAGCAAGUGAUGCUGCUGAUGGUGUGAGUGCCGCUUGGGAGGAGGCGCCCUGCCAUGCUGCAUCCUGUAGCCCGCAGGGAUCAGAUGCCAAUGGAGAUGGUGACAAAAGUCAUGAAAAUGCAGCAUUACCAGAUUUACAGGAGUCAGACCAGACAGACAUGAACACUUUGGACCUGGAUCCCUCGGAAUACGAAUCGCUGCCUGAAAAUAGCGAAACGGGAGGCAAUGUAUCUCAACCAGAAAGCCAGGAGGACCCCCGUGAAGUACUUAAGAAAACAUUGGAAUUCUGCUUAUCUCGGGAGAAUCUUGCUAGUGACAUGUAUCUUAUAUCACAGAUGGACAGUGAUCAGUAUGUGCCAAUUACGACGGUAGCGAACCUUGACCAUGUCAAGAAACUCAGUACUGAUGUUGGUUUGAUUGUGGAAGUUCUGCGAUCUUUACCUUUAGUCCAAGUGGAUGAAAAGGGAGAAAAAGUAAGGCCAAAUCAAAACCGUUGCAUAGUAAUACUGCGGGAGAUACCUGAGUCUACCCCUGUGGAAGAAGUAGAGGCACUAUUUACAGGAGACAAUUUACCAAGAUUCAUAAACUGUGAAUUUGCCUACAAUGACAACUGGUUUAUUACAUUUGAAACAGAAGCUGAUGCACAGCAGGCUUACAAAUACCUUCGAGAAGAAGUCAAAACUUUUCAAGGAAAGCCAAUUAAGGCUCGGAUAAAGGCAAAGGCAAUAGCUAUAAACACGUUUUUGCCAAAGAAUGGAUUUAGACCUCUGGACGUGAACCUUUAUACACAGCAGCGUUACACAACAUCUUUUUAUUUACCUCCAGUAUACAGUCCUCAACAGCAGUUUCCUCUGUACAGCCUGAUCACCCCCCAGACGUGGUCAGCAACGCAUAGCUAUCUUGAUCCACCCUUGGUAACUCCAUUUCCAAAUACUGGAUUUAUAAAUGGGUUUACAUCUCCAGCCUUCAAACCUGCAGCAUCUCCUCUGACUUCACUCAGGCAGUAUCCACCGAGAAGCAGGAAUCCUAGUAAAUCUCAUCUGCGACAUGCAAUUCCUAGUACAGAAAGAGGCCCUGGGCUAUUAGAAAGUCCUUCAAUAUUUAACUUCACUGCAGAUCGAUUAAUCAAUGGCGUUCGGAGCCCGCAAGCAAGGCAGACAGGUCAAACUAGAACACGAAUACAAAACUCUUCAUCUUAUGCCAAGAGGGAGACUGGAACUGGGCGCGUGGAGCUGGGUAGCCUUGAUUCCCCUCCUGGCUUAGGGAGAGGAAGGAAGAAUUCCUUUGGCUAUCGGAAGAAAAGGGAGGAGAAGUUCACAAGCAGCCAGACUCAGUCUCCAACGCCCCCAAAGCCUCCAUCACCAAGCUUCGAGCUGGGGCUGUCCAACUUCCCCCCACUACCUGGAGCUGCAGGCAAUUUGAAGACAGAGGACUUGUUUGAAAACAGGUUGUCUAGCUUGAUAAUAGGAUCAUCAAAAGAAAGGAGCCUCAGUGUGGAUACAAGUACAAGCACUCUUCCCACGGUGGUCCCCAGAGAGCCUUCCGUGCCAGUGUCCUGUGCCGUGUCCACAGUGUUCGAGCGACCCCUCUCCCCAGCCCAUUUACCCGAGGAUCCCAAGGUGGUAGAAAAGCAGAGGGAGACACACAGUGUGGACAGACUCUCUUCUGCCCUUACUACAACCGCGUGUAAAUCGGUGCAGGUGAACGGAGCCAUCCUGGAAAUGCGGAAGCCCAGCUAUGCAGAGAUUUGUCAGAGGACGAGCAAAGAGCCUCCUUCAUCCCCUCUGCAACCCCAAAAAGAGCAAAAGCCAAACGCUGCUGGUUGUGGGAAGGAGGAGAGGAAGCCCACGGAGCCCAUGGAGAGGUGCAGGGAGGCCCCUGCCCUCAGGUCCACCCCUGGAGCCUCCAAAGACCAGAGGAGGCAGCCCGGGCGCCGGCCCUCACCCCCGGCGAUUGGGAAGCGUCUCAGCAGGGAACAGAACACCCCCCCCAAGUCUCCUCAGUGAAAACAUAUGUCUGGGAGGGGUUGCCAAGAGCUGUGCUCACCACAAACAAAUACUCUUCCCACUCGGUACGAGCAUGAGUCGCUGGUUAGGAGCUUGCAGUGUCUGUGAGGUCCGUGGGUGCCCGCAAGUUAUUUUUCUUCUGUGAGUCAGAUUCCCCCUCUUAAAAAAAAAAAUCUAUUUUUCAGGAUUUAAUUGAUAUAAACCUUAAUUUAGGUUGGUGCUUAACUGGAGGUGAUGCGUACGUCUGAUUUUUUGUCAGGAUAGAAAAUGCAUUUAUCCUAACAAAUUGACUUUUUUAUUAACCCUUCCCUGUGGCUCUGAAUGCAAACUACAUAUAGUGAGUUUUUCUAAAUUAAGGGAACCACGCUACUUCAUUUUUUAAAUAACUGUUCUGCAGGUGCAAAUCUCUAGAAUGUCCCAGCAGGUGGAUGGGGGCUGCUGACACCAGCAGGGGCGGGAAUGGCCUCCCAAGGAAGGGCUGGCAGUGUCAGGGUGCUUUUAUCUAUACCGCUAACAGGUGAUUCUAGCAUUUAAACAUGUACACAGAGUCCUUUUGGGAUCUAGUGGGCUCAGUGAACCUGCAUAGAGCACCCUAGAGAAACCUGAAACCUUUGAGUUUGGAUGUACUGCAAACAAGUAACCAGCUGCUCACUCCAGUUUCAAGUGGCUAUUAUGUAAAAUAAAUUCAAAGCACAUUGUGAAUAGAACCCAAAUGAAAAUAUGAACUUUGUUGCCCGCUGACAUGUUACCAGGAAGUUGUACCAUGAUGUUGUUUUGAUCCCUGUGAGGUGGCGGCCUGGCUCCUGCUGGCACCUGCUUUGUGUGCACUUCUGUCCAUGUUCCCCAGGCACACGUUGGAGAGAGUCCACAGUGUAGCUAGCUCCAUGUGGAUGUCUUCCUGUACCUCUGCAUCGGCACAUGGACUUGGAAGUUCUGUAAUUGUGAGAAUGGUGUUUGUGGUUUUUCCCCUGUUUGGCUGGUGGAGGACAAAAAUUCCUGCUUUUUUUUUU